AUGCGUCGUCGGUGCCAGGGCAGGCGAGAUCCACCGGUCUCACGAAACCUCUUCCGCGCCACCAUCGACCUUAUUUUCGUCAAGGGCAGCACGAAUAACCCUGGUCUCGCUCACUCAGUCGAGGUUGAAGAGUUCGAUGAUCCUUCCCUGAACUGUCUUCACCCCAUGAAGCUCCUUCUUUGCCAUGCACUCAGAACAGGGGCUGUCCGUGAAACAUCUUGGGCAGAGCUGAGACAGGCGGCUAGGGAGAGACCCAGCAACAGGGUGAUCUGGGCCUACCCGAAUAGACCUGUCAUCUGUGCCAUUGCGGGUGACUCCAAGCUUACCCUCGACCGGCCCUCCCCUGUGGCCUCUGCCCAGGCGACUCUAACUCAAGCUGCUCAACUGAUUGGCAUUGCUGCCAAAGUCAAGACUCAUGACAUCCGCCGGGGUGCCGCUCGACAGUCUGCCCAUCUCGAGAACAGCAUUUCUGGGUCUACGAUAGAGCAGGCUCGCAUUGCCAUCGGCCAUUCGCACAGCAGCAGAGAUAGUGGGGAGAUAGAAGACUAUGUCGGCCACCUGGAUGACCACAACUGGACGAAUAGGGCUAAGCAGAAGCUGAGACAAACCGCCAAAUAUCAACUGAUCUUCGCCUCAGAGCCAGAGAUGGGUCUUGAUCCACACGACAAGAAGGAUCGGAUGAGGGCCUCACAAAGGUCACGAGCCGCCGGUUACGACAAGUGGGUUGCUUCUGAGCGUGCCAAAGCUGACAUCCGUGUUCCCCAAACCACUGCCCUGGUGAAGCUAGGGAAGACACUGGAGAUGCAGGCUCUCCACGACUACAUUUUUGACGGUGAUACGGAGUCUCUCACUAACAUUGACGAGAUAGCUUCAGUUUUCACACAAGAUGUUGAAGCCAUUUCGUGUGCAGUUGCAGGCAACAUCAUCGACGCUGACCCGAAAGCCUUCUCGGAUUUCUUUGCGUCAGUCAAUGUCUGCCGAUGGGAGUAUAAUGUCCCAGGACUACCCUCUUCCGCAGAUCAAACCGGUAGCAAGGAAGUUUCAACGCGCUUCAUGCAUCAAUGUACUGUCACUCUUUGUGCUCGAAUUUUCUUCACUCGUGCCAGGCGGGAUGAGCACAACAUUAACUGUCAAGCUGAUGAUGCGCAAUCCUUCGAAUUCACCUGUUCCAUCUAUGGAAAGAAGUAUCCUACUGAGGAAAAGGUCAAAGUGCACAUGGCAGAACACAACUGGACCCCUCGAGCCUGCUCAUGGCCCGGUUGCCAGGACGAAACCGUUCACCAAGCGAGAAACCAACUCAGGGCUCACACUGCCCGAGCUCACCAAGACCUUCCCACAGAUUGUUGGCUUUGUGACGCGAAGUAUGAAGGACCUCUCGCACUCAAACGACAGAUUCGGAGGCAGCAUCCUGAGGUGACUGAAGAAGAGCUUGAUAACAUCAUGCCCAUUCAAAAGCGUCAGGCCCACAAGCAGAACGCUUUCAAGCCACGGCGAUGCUCGUUCCCAAACUGUCCCUAUCAAACUAUUUUCGGCUCUCGAUCGCAAUACCGGGACCACUUGAAGAAUCAUGGCGACAAAGGAUCCACGUUGGACCAAUACGUGCAGGACAACCCAGAGGAACUCCGGCCAAACCACGCCUCCAAGGGUCAGGGCCGCCAAUUUUGA